AGGUCUGUAGACACAAACAAGAGGAAGUAAGAAACAGACCAAUAAAAACAUUUGCAGCUACUUCCGACAUGAAUCUCAUCCUUCGAUCAGCUGUUUGACGGCGUUCGGUACAGGAUAAGUCGGUGUUUGCAGUUUUGUGCACCUUUUAAUUAUAGCCUUUCCCGUGCAGCUGGAUGUAAACAACACAGAUCUGAAAUCGCAGCCGGAAUUUCAUGUCACGGAGUCGGCUUCGCCGUCAGCAGAGACCCCGGCUCCCAAGCGCUGGUGAUCUGCAGGAGGAGGAGGACUUUGCCUUAUUUUUCGGAGAAGCUCUUCAAGAUCUCGGCACAGCUAAAGAGAAGCCAGGUGCAGUUGUGCCUUGUCAGUAGAGAAGACGGAGGACCUGAGACCCUGCGGCGGCUUGUGUUGCGGUUUCCAGUCGGGCCGAGAAGGUCGCUGAACCGGCCAUGCACGACGCCUAUGAAGCGGUCCCCAUCCUGGAAAAGCUGCCCCUUCAGAUAGACUGCAUGGCGGCCUGGGAGGACUGGCUGCUCGUGGGGACCAAGCCAGGGCACCUGCUGCUGUACAGAGUCAAGAAGGAUUCAGGCAGUAACAGGUUUGAAGUAACGCUGGAAAAAUCCAACAAAAACUUCUCCAAGAAAAUUCAGCAGUUGUAUGUGGUGUCGCAGUAUAAAAUCCUGGUUAGCCUUCUGGAAAACAACAUCCAUGUCCAUGACUUGCUGACCUUCCAGCAGAUCACUGUGGUUUCGAAGGCCAAGGGGGCCACUCUCUUUGCCUGUGACCUGCAGCAGUCCAGCGAAGGAGAGGCCAAGCUGCGCAUGUGUGUGGCGGUGAAGAAGAGGCUGCAGCUGUAUUACUGGAAGGACCGCGAUUUCCACGAGCUGCAGGGAGAUUUUGGGGCCCCUGAUGUUCCCAAGUCCAUGGCUUGGUGUGAGAACUCCAUCUGUGUGGGGUUCAAGCGUGAUUACUACCUGAUUCGGAUGGAUGGACGAGGGUCUUUCAAGGAGCUCUUCCCCACAGGCAAGCAGCUGGAGCCCCUGGUUGCCCCGCUGGCUGAUGGGAAGGUGGCAGUGGGACAGGAUGACUUGACGGUGGUUCUCAACGAAGAGGGGGUUUGUACCCAGAAGUGUGCCCUCAACUGGACUGAUAUCCCUAUUGCAAUGGAGCACCAGCCACCCUACAUCAUCGCUGUGCUGCCCCGCUAUGUGGAGAUCCGCACCUUUGAGCCACGCCUUCUGGUCCAGAGUGUGGAGCUGCAGAGGCCCAGAUUCAUCUCCUCGGCCGGGCCCAACAUUGUGUACGUUGCCAGUAACCAUUUUGUUUGGCGGCUGGUCCCUGUUUCCAUAGCGACGCAGAUCCGACAGCUCCUUCAGGAUAAGCAGUUUGAGUUGGCCCUUCAGCUGGCGAAGAUGAAGGAUGACUCGGAUGGUGAUAAGAAGCAGCAGAUCCAUCACAUCCAGAACCUUUAUGCCUUCAACCUCUUCUGUCAGAAGCGCUUUGACGAUUCCAUGCAAGUUUUUGCCAAGCUGGGCACAGAUCCCACCCACGUGAUCGGGCUGUACCCCGACCUGCUGCCCUCUGACUACCGCCGGCAGCUGCACUACCCCAACCCCCUGCCCAACCUGUCUGGCGCUGAGCUGGAGAAGGCACACCUGGCUCUGAUUGACUACCUGACCCAGAAGCGGAGCCACCUGGUGAAGCAGCUCAACGACUCGGACCCGUCCACCACCUCCCCGCUCAUGGAGGGCACGCCCACCAUCAAGUCCCGCAAGAAGCUGCUGCAGAUCAUCGACACCACGCUGCUCAAGUGCUACCUGCACACCAACGUAGCCCUGGUGGCGCCGCUCUUGCGGCUGGAGAACAACCACUGCCACAUCGAGGAGAGUGAGUACGUGCUGAAGAAGGCCCACAAGUACAGUGAGCUCAUCAUCCUGUAUGAGAAGAAGGGGCUGCACAAAAAAGCCCUCCAGGUGCUGCUGGACCAGUCCACCAAGGCCAACUCUCCCCUGAAGGGCCAUGAGCGGACAGUGCAGUACCUCCAGAGACUCGGGAUGGAAAAUCUUGGAAUUAUCUUUGAGUUUUCUCCCUGGGUGCUGAAAAACUGCCCUGAGGAUGGCUUAAAGAUCUUCACCGAAGACCUGACAGAGGUGGAGACUCUGCCCAGAGAGAAGAUCCUGAACUUCCUGAAGGAGGGAUUCAAAGAGCUUGCUAUACCCUAUCUGGAGCACAUUAUUUCUGUGUGGGAAGAGGAGGAGCCUGAAUUCCACAACUGCCUGAUCGAGCUGUACCUGGAGCGAGUGCAGGCCUUGAUGAAGGAAUACCUGAACUCCCUGCCGGAGGAUGAGACCCCGGUGCCUGCUGGCCAGGAGGAGGGGGAGCUGGGGGAAUUUCGCAACAAGCUGCUGAAGUUCCUGGAGUCCUCCACGCGCUAUGAACCCGAGCGGCUCAUCAGUGACUUCCCCUUUGAUGGGCUGCUGGAGGAGCGAGCUCUGCUGCUGGGCCGCAUGGGCAAACACGAGCAAGCCCUGUUCAUCUACGUGCACAUUCUCAAAGAUAUCCGCAUGGCUGAGGAGUACUGCCACCGGCAUUACGACAGGGUGACUGAUGGAAACAAGGACGUCUAUCUGUCGCUGCUUCGAAUGUACCUAUCCCCACCUGACGUGCACUGCCUGGGACCAAUCAAAAUGGAGCUUUUGGAGCCACAGGCCAAUCUGCAGGCAGCUCUGCAAGUGCUGGAGCUUCACCACAGCAAGCUGAACACCACUAAGGCGAUUAAUCUGCUCCCGGCGAACACCCAGAUCCGAGAGAUCCGCGUGUUUCUGGAGAGCGUCCUGGAAGAGAACGCCAAGAAGAAACGCUUCGACCAGGUCCUGAAGAGCCUGCUGCAUGCAGAGUUCCUCAGGGUUAAGGAGGAGAGAAUUUUCCACCAGCAGGUGAAGUGCAUCAUUACAGAGGAGAAGACCUGCCGAGUCUGCAAGAAGAAGAUUGGGAAUAGUGCGUUUGCCCGGUACCCCAAUGGCGUUGUAGUCCAUUACUUCUGCUGCAAGGACCGGAGCCUGUGCCCUACUGAGCUGUGAGGGUGGUAGGGGCAGCACUCACUCCAGCCCCUGGAUUGGCCGAGCGUCGGCAGGGACUGGGCCGGCCGAGGGAUUCGAGCUCAUCCCAAAAACCAACUCGCUUGCUCGCUUGCUCGCUCGCUCGCUCGCUCACGCCUGUGAGAGGAACUCCCAUGGGACAGUUCGGGAGUCACGGAGCUACGGAUGAAUGGGGAUGCGAGGUCGACUGCUUUGGUUUUUUAACUGGAAUAGUUUUUAUGGACGAAGUCGUAUACGUUUUACCAAUAUGUGUUUUCCUCAAAGGAGAUGGAUGGAGGCGUUCUCUUUGGUAAAGCCCAAGCUACGCCGCCUGCUUUGUGCAUACGCUGAAGGCCCUGCAUGUCUUGAGCACUGAGAUCUUCACUGGAAUGUUACAUUCUGACUUCAGCCAAGGGCUGAAGGACCCAUGUUAAUCAGCCCUAUUGCUGUGUUAUGUAUUUCUUGUUGGCUUCUUCAGGCAUUUUUGAUGUCCUUCAGAAUACUCUGUUUAAAUGGACUGUUCCCUUCUUUUACUUCUCAAGGUGUUUUUGAAGGCUGAUCAAUAGAUAUUUGUUCCAGAACCUGUUUAAAAUCUGUCAUUGUUUUAUAACCUCAGGUAAUCCCCAUCUGUUGGUGAAGAGAGUGAAAUGUGAUUUUUGUUGCACAGCAUUCAUCUGAAAUGUACUUCUAGGUCUGCCUGAAUAUGCUCUUGCAGUGGUUAAGGAUUUAAUGAUCAAUCAAAACAGCUUUCGAAUUUAAAAUCACAGUUCCCUGUUACAUUAGAAUUUAUAAGACCUUUUCUAAGGUGAGCAAGCUUAACUCGAAAGGACUGCUUGAGCAAUCAGCUUGCCCCUGAAGCCUGAAGAUAAAUGUAGAAGAAAUGGCUACCACAAGUAUCUGCAGCCCUGCUCGUGGUUAGUCCCACACCAUCAUGUUUAAAAGGUAACGAUUAAAUUAAUCAGCUUAAUUGAUCAAUAAGUUAAGUUCCCAAAUUUGAAGAAAAUGUGAUUAGGGGUGAACCCAAGCUUGCUGGAUUAGUGCAGGCUUGGGGACCUUGCAGAAGCUGCUGCUAGAAAUCAGUCUGUCUUCAGUUUGCAGUACUAAUAUCCUAAGAUAACAUCCAGUGUGUCAAGAGUGUUUCACGUUUAAAUGUGUAAAGCCUGUUUUUUUUAGUUUACAUGGUGUGUUCCGUGAUGAAACAAAUGCAAACACAACCUUGAAUUAAUUUUUGCACUAUUAAAAUGGCACAGUGAAGGUUUUUUUUGCAAUUUGUUGCUCUUAGUGUAGCACAUAAACAGUGUGGAAAUAUCACCUUUUCUACGCAGGUGUGGGGUGUAUUCAAUUUCUGGUAAUCUUGCAGCUACUUUCUUGCAAACCCUGUACUCUAUUUUGGUUUUACCCCUGGUUUUAUCUCAAUUAUACAAAUAUUUUAAGUUGCAAUGUCAAAUCCUGAAUCUCACUGGUUCUUCUGCUAGGUUGCUUUUCCCAUUAGCAAAUUAUAUAGUUCAAUGCAGAGUUACCCAUUUUUUCCCCAUCUUUUUCUUUCUCUUUAAUUGUGAAAAAAGAAACUUCUACUUGGAACCCUUCAUGCUUUAGGAUUACAUAUAAUAGAUGUAUGUAACCUGAAUGUGUUUUAGUAAUGAUUCAGUCUGGUUGAAUACUGCAUAGUUGUGUAUGUUUUAUCAAAAAUAAUCUGCUUCUCUGCUCUGUAUUGUACAGUGCAGAAUUUUCUUUUAUUCUCUACAUGAUUUUUUUGUAUGUUAUCGUUCAUCUGUCGGGUGGAAACCCAGUGUCUGCUGGUGUCCUGUUCCAACAGAGCUCCCAGUGGCCUCAUUCAUCAAAUGCCAGACUCAAAUCAAGGUUGUACUGUAAACACCUACUGUAUACCUACUUAAAGUGAUAGAAAUGUAGCAACUGUGCAAUAUCCAGCUGUCUGAGAACUGAAAGUUACAAAACAAUUCUGCCUUAUUUAAUCAUUAGUUCAGUACAAAGCUUGAGCACUGAUGAGCUCCGUUUGAGAGGAACACUCUAGAACCACCAGGAGCAGGACUGGGAAGCCCUGUUUAUACACUCCAAGUGGUGAACUGGCCUCAUGAAAUAAUGGAAUGCAGCAACAAAAUUUAAGAAAACAGUUUAUUUAUUUAAAAAGCUCUCUCAAAAAAGAAGCUUUUGAUUUUAGACUAUCUCGCCUUUGUAAAAAAAGUAAAACAUUUAAACUUCUAAGGAAAGGUGUGUUAACGGAUCUAUUGCACUUUUGAAAAAAUAUUUUUUAAGCUCUUGACUAAUAUUAUUUGCCUUAUAGAACAUUUAUUUUCUGGCACAUCUGUCAGUCCUACUGAUAACCCAUUUUAGCGCAGGACGUCCUGAACUAAAGGUUUAAUUUGACGUCUCUGGUCUGUCUGGUGUCCUUUUCAUUAAUUGCACAUACUGUAUAUCAUUCUAUGGUUGUUACAGACAGAGAACUUUCUACAAAGGUGUUGUAGUAUAGAAAGUUUGGGAAGAUUGUAUAAAAGUUUAUUUUUAGGUCUGUAUUCAAAAUGACUUUGUUCACUAACACAACCGGUCUGAAUAGCACGGUACAAAUUGUAAAAAAUAAAGUUUGAAAGUGAUAAAGUAA